CUUCCCUCUCCUUCCCGAAAAAGGCUUUCCUCGAGAAAAUCUUUUGCUCGGAAGCGAAGCUGACUUUCUGGUUGAGAGAAAAUGGGUAGGAAAAGUAAUGCUUCCAAGAAAGAAGAAAUGGCUCACAUGUCUGGAGGCUCAAAUCCUUCUUUGGAUGAAACAAAAUCUCAGCCUGAAAACAUGCAGACAGAAUCUCAUUACUUAUUGUCAAAGAAACGACUGAAGAACCGAUGUGUUGUUAUUAGGCGAUCUGAUCGUCUCCAAAAUAUACGUUUGCCUACUCCUAACCAAGAUGUAGGGCCUGUGAUUGAAGAAAUUGAAAGUGAGGAAGAAGAUGAACCAUGUGCCCAGGUGGAGAAAAGAUCUCCCGACUCUAUCCCUGGUGAAAGAAGCUUGGAAGAGAAGGUUGACUAUCUUCUUCAAUGUCUGGAAGCACACGAGAAGGCAAUAGACACACUGAAGUCUGAGCAGGCAAGCAAGAGGCCCUUGCAGAGCAAAGGCCCAUCUAGUUCUGAAGUCAGAUACAAAAGCUUGUACUUUGAUUCACAAAAAAAGAUCGAAGCAUUAACUGAUGAGAACUGUCAACUUAGCAAGAAGUUGGAGGUCACUCUUGGCAAACUCGAAGUAUGCGAGAAGGAUACCCGGGUGUUUUCCGAAUUGAUGGAUAAAGUGAAAGAAGUGUUAUUGGUAUCAAACCUGACAAAAGCUACAGAAAUGGCAUUACAGCUGUCGUCUAAAGUGCUUGGUGGUAUUGCUUCUCCAGAUGCAGUUGUUGAACCCAGAACUAUAGGUGUUAAGAGAAACAGAGAGAAAGUUGCCAAAAAGGUCAGAAGCUGAAUUUAACCAUGUCUCAGGUUUGGUUUACAUAUUUAAUGUAAAGAACCCAAAUAGCCUGUCUGAAAUUUCACCAUGUUGAUGGGUUUGGUUUACAUUUUUAGACAAACAACUGUUUGAUGUAAAGAACGAAAACUAUGGUAUCUUUUUGGCUAGCACUUCUGGAUAUCUCCCAUUAUUAUGUAUCAUGAGAAAGCAUCACUACC